CACACAUACGCGUGUUCACAUUUGUUGUUAACGAAGUGAAGGCUGGUGGACUAGUCUUGCAAUAUGUUCUCGAAGACGAUCGGAGCUCAACAGGCUCAGCAGGAGCAUGUCCUAGCCAUCUCCCGCGAUUUCAUUGCCCAGCCUCGACUCACUUACAAGACGGUAUCCGGUGUGAAUGGACCUUUAGUAAUUUUGGACGAAGUUAAAUUUCCCAAGUUUGCUGAAAUUGUUCAAUUAAGGCUUGCGGAUGGCUCGAUACGUUCUGGUCAAGUAUUGGAAGUCUCGGGCACUAAGGCCGUUGUUCAAGUAUUCGAAGGCACAUCUGGAAUUGAUGCUAAAAAUACUCACUGUGAAUUCACUGGAGAUAUUCUUCGCACACCUGUAUCCGAAGAUAUGUUGGGUAGAGUCUUUAAUGGUUCUGGAAAGCCCAUUGACAAAGGCCCUCCUAUCUUGGCAGAGGAUUUUCUCGAUAUUCAAGGACAGCCCAUUAAUCCUUGGUCCCGUAUUUAUCCAGAGGAAAUGAUUCAGACCGGUAUUUCUGCUAUCGAUGUGAUGAAUUCUAUUGCCAGAGGACAAAAAAUUCCUAUUUUUUCAGCUGCGGGUCUACCACACAAUGAAAUCGCUGCACAAAUCUGUCGACAAGCUGGUCUUGUGAAAGUACCAGGCAAAUCUGUUCUUGACUCACACGAAGAUAACUUUGCUAUUGUAUUUGCCGCUAUGGGUGUUAAUAUGGAGACAGCACGUUUCUUUAAACAAGAUUUCGAAGAAAAUGGUUCCAUGGAAAAUGUUUGCCUUUUCCUUAAUUUGGCCAAUGAUCCAACCAUCGAGCGAAUCAUCACACCGCGACUUGCUCUUACGGCCGCUGAAUUUCUUGCUUAUCAGUGUGAAAAGCACGUCCUUGUCAUUCUUACCGACAUGUCAUCGUACGCCGAGGCUCUUCGAGAGGUAUCAGCUGCCCGUGAGGAAGUACCUGGACGACGAGGUUUCCCAGGUUACAUGUACACUGAUUUGGCUACAAUUUAUGAACGCGCUGGACGUGUUGAAGGUAGAAAUGGAUCGAUUACGCAAAUUCCAAUUUUAACUAUGCCUAACGACGAUAUUACCCACCCUAUUCCUGAUUUGACGGGUUAUAUUACCGAGGGUCAAAUCUAUGUUGAUCGUCAAUUACAUAAUAGACAGAUCUACCCUCCGGUUAAUGUACUGCCAUCUCUUUCGCGUCUUAUGAAGUCUGCUAUAGGUGAGGGCAUGACCCGCAAAGAUCACUCCGAUGUGUCUAAUCAAUUAUAUGCUUGUUAUGCUAUUGGCAAGGAUGUACAGGCAAUGAAGGCCGUCGUCGGUGAAGAAGCUCUGACACCCGAUGAUCUUCUCUAUCUUGAGUUUCUCUCCAAAUUUGAGAAAAACUUUAUCUCUCAGGGAAGCUAUGAAAAUCGUACGGUCUUUGAAUCCCUUGACAUUGGCUGGCAGCUGCUUCGUAUUUUCCCUAAGGAGAUGUUGAAACGAAUUCCCGCUAGUACACUUGCAGAGUUCUAUCCCAGAGACUCGCGCCAUUAAAGCGUUGAAAAAUCGAAUCCAAUAUCUUCGUAGUUUAUUAAAAAUUAAAACGAAGUUAUGCAGCCUAAUGUGAAUAAUGGAAUAGUUUAUGAAGGAAAUGAGAGAAGUAUAUAUAUAUAUACCAAGGUAAUUGACCCUUGUGAAAAAAUGCUUGAAAAUGCGAAGUUUUACGAAUUAUUAUAUUUUACCUAGCUUUGUCAUCUAAUUUUAUGACAUUAAUUAUUUUGUCGAUAAUUGUUUUCGUAGCAGUAAUUAAUAUCUUCU